AUGGCUUCGAUACGAGUACCACAGAAAAGAAUUAUUGGUGAAGCAAAGAAUACACGGAAAGACAUCCAUCUAUCCCCAUCUCCUACGAAGAAGCGAAAGCUAGAGUUUACCACAUCAUCGGGACUACAAUAUGAUAGUUCUCAAAGGAUUCAAAAUAGCAAGAUAUUAUCCAGUCAGCCAAGUCGCUUUGAAACAGAAGUUUUGCAGAAGAUGAGCCAAGAAAUGGCAGGAUUGAGAAAGAACAAUUCUGAAAAAGACCAAGAAUGGUCACGCCCCCCUUUGACAGAUUUAAACCCAGAGAAAAAUAAUCUAUGUUUCCAGCAAAUCGAAUGCGAAGAAGGAACAUUGCAUGCUGGUAAGGCGACAGUCAAAUUAUUCGGUGUCACUGAGAACGGUCAAUCUGUGAUGCUUCAUGUUACCGAUUUCUUACAUUAUAUUUAUAUUGCAGCCCCUAUAUCUUUUCAACGGCAAGAUUGUGACCCUUUCAAAGCAUAUCUAGAGUCCAAUAUCGCCCAACACCAGCCUACUAUACACUCAGUGCAGAUGGUUCUCCGAGAGAACUUGUAUGGCUUUCAAGGAAACCAACAAAACCCAUACCUGAAAAUUUUUGUAACAGAUCCAAAAUAUAUAAGCAAAGUUAGAACAACUCUUGAACAAGGAAAUGCAAACUACAAGGGUAUGUGGAAAGCGCAAGAUAGCGGUAUUUUAACAUUUGACAAUAUACAAUAUGUUCUACGGUUUAUGAUAGACUGCAAAAUAUCGGGAAUGUCAUGGGUAGAGGCCCCUGCGAUGUCAUACAAACUAGUACCCUUUCACGAACGACAGUCAAACUGCCAAAUCGAAGCAGAAAUUUCGUACAGGGAUCUUAUUUCCCACAAGCCGGUUGGCGAGUGGGCUAAAAUGGCACCGCUUCGUAUACUCUCUUUUGACAUCGAAUGUGCAGGUCGGAAGGGAAUAUUUCCUGAAGCCAAUCAGGAUCCUGUCAUUCAGAUUGCUAACAUAGUUACUCGAUACGGAGAAAAAAAACCAUUUGUGAGAAAUGUAUUUUGCCUUGAUACCACUAGCACCAUAAUUAAUACCCAGAUUUUUGAGUUCAAAAAGGAAGAAGAAAUGCUCAUGAAGUGGAGAGAAUUUUUAGAGGAAGUCGACCCAGAUCUCAUUAUUGGGUACAAUAUAUCCAAUUUCGAUUUUCCCUAUCUUCUAGAACGAGGAAGACACCUCAAAAUCUCAGGGUUUGACUACUGGACAAGGAUACGAAAUGUUAGAUCUGUAUCUAAAGAUACAAACUUCUCUAGCAAGCAGAUGGGAAACCGAGAUACGAAGGCGACUAAUACUAAUGGUCGGUUGCAACUAGAUCUUUUACAGCUAGUUCAAAGAGAACAUCAACUUCGAAGCUAUACGCUCAAUUCUGUUUGCUCUCAUUUUCUCAAUGAACAGAAAGAAGAUGUACAUCAUACAAUGAUUACGGAACUAUUCAAUGGAAAUUCAGAAUCACGAAGAAGACUAGCUGUUUAUUGUCUUAAGGAUGCAUAUUUACCUCAGAGAUUAAUGGAUAAACUAUCUUGUCUUGAAAACUUUACUGAAAUGGCGAGAGUCACCGGCGUACCAUUUAACUUAUUGCUAUCACGUGGUCAACAAGUUAAGUUUGUUAGCCAGCUAUUCCGAAAAGCAUUGGAGCAAAAGCUUGUAAUCCCAAAUCUUCGAACAGAAUCAAAUGAUGAACAAUAUGAAGGAGCGACAGUAAUAGAGCCAGCACGAGGAUACUAUGACGUUCCCAUAGCAACCCUUGAUUUUGCUUCAUUGUACCCAAGUAUAAUACAAGCACAUAAUCUUUGUUAUACAACUCUACUGAAUAAACAAACAGUUGAAAAAUUAGGACUCAUCAAAGAUGAAGACUACAUAAUCACUCCAAAUGGUGAUAUGUUUUGUACAAUCAAGCAGAGAAAAGGUCUCCUAGCGCAAAUUCUUGAAGAGUUAUUGACCGCUCGAAAGCAGGCCAAAAGAGAACUAGCAGUUGAAACCGAUUCAUUUAAGAAAGCUGUGCUCAACGGAAGACAGCUAGCUUUAAAGAUAAGUGCUAACAGUGUAUAUGGUCUAACAGGCGCAACAGUUGGAAAGUUGCCUUGCCUUCCUAUCGCAAGUAGUACAACAAGUUAUGGGCGUCAAAUGAUUGAAAAAACUAAAGAUGAAGUUGAAAAAAAAUACACUAUUUUAAAUGGGUACAGUCAUAAUGCCCAAGUAAUUUAUGGUGAUACGGACUCUGUUAUGGUCAAAUUUGGGGUAAAAGAUUUGCCCACUGCAAUGAAACUCGGGGAAGAAGCAGCUCAGCACGUAUCUUCCAAAUUCAUCAAUCCUAUAAAGCUAGAGUUCGAGAAGGUUUACUUUCCAUAUCUUCUGAUAAAUAAGAAGCGAUAUGCUGGGUUGUACUGGACCAAUCCAGAUAAGCACGAUAAGAUGGAUACAAAAGGUAUUGAGACAGUGCGACGAGACAAUUGUCGAUUGGUACAAAACGUUAUCGAAACUGUACUUCGUAUGAUUUUGGUAGAUCAAGAUAUUCAAGGCGCCCAAGACUACGUCAAAGAUACUAUCUCUGACCUCCUCCAAAAUAAAAUUGACAUAUCAAAGCUAGUCAUCACUAAGGCCCUUGCCAAAGCUGACUACACUGCAAAGCAAGCCCAUGUCGAACUUGCCGAGCGAAUGAGAAAGCGUGAUGCCGGCUCAGCCCCAUCACUCGGAGAUCGGGUGGCUUAUGUGAUUAUCAAAGGCGCAGCCGGAGCGAAAAACUUUGAGCGAUCAGAAGACCCAAUUUUCGUGCUCGAAAAUAAUAUUCCCAUUGAUACGAAAUAUUAUCUAGACAACCAGCUUGCCAAGCCAUUAGGACGAAUAUUCGAGCCUAUCUUAGGGGAGAUAAAGGCUAAUAGUCUUCUUGCAGGUGAUCAUACUCGUUCCAUUACAGUUGCUGCGCCUUCACUAGGUGGUCUAAUGAAAUUUACAAAAAAGACCUUUACCUGCAUGGGUUGCAAAAAACCGCUGGUUUCCAAGGAUGAGCUAGGUGGCGCUGUUUGUUCAACCUGCGGCCCACGCCUUGGUGAACUCUACCAGAAGACAAUAAGUCGUGUAUCAGAUUUAGAAGACCGAUUCGGUCGGUUAUGGACGCAGUGUCAACGUUGUCAGGGCAGUCUUCACUGUGAAGUUAUUUGCUCAAGCAAAGACUGUCCCAUCUUUUAUAUGCGUAUGAAAGUAAAAAAGGAUAUUGAAGAUGCUGGCAAAGAGUUAACUCGGUUUGACCGCGAUUUAGCGGCAGCUUGGUAA